AUGUCGUACAACCGUCUUGGCCCAUACGGCCGCCACUCGCCUGACGAAGACGAACAUUACGGCGCCCAGUCGCAAAACCCAUUCAUGGAUCCUCGCGCCGGCAGAUCACCGUCACCAGGACACCCUUUAGAGUCGUACGCCUUGCACGACAAUCCCUACACGCACGACGAGCCGCUACACAUGCCCAUGGGUCCUGGUCCUCGUCCAGGCGCCUCGCCUAUGCCUGGCACGCCCUCAGACAGACUCCAGGCUCAGCCCACCUUCUCAGUAGAGCACGUUCCCGGCUACGGCCACAGCGACAGCUACGAUUCGCAUCACUACCAGACAAGUCCUGUCUAUCCACCUGGCGACUAUGCCCUCAACCCUGAAGACCACCACGACGCAUACCACAAUGAGCCCUACCAGCCUGCUAUUACUCCCAUGGAAGAAGUCUACGGCCCUCCCUCUGACGGCCAACAUCCCCAUUACUGGCAGGAUGAGGUCGACACACGCCCUAUUUUGCAACAAGACUCUGCCUACGGGCCUGACCCUCACAACGUGCCUACUCCUAUGGCAGAAGAGCAGAUGGAAAUGAACGCAGAUCAACCACAAUCAGGAGGUGGACUUCGUAGAUGGAAGACAGUCAAGGAAGUGCAGCUAUUCAACGGCAACCUGGUCCUCGACUGUCCUAUACCUCCAAGACUCCUGAACCAGAUUCAGCACGCCCAGCCUCCGGAGCGUGACGAAUUUACACACAUGCGCUACUCGGCCGCCACCUGCGAUCCUUCUGAAUUCUACUCGGAGCGCUUCACAUUGCGCCAGAAACUCUUCGCCAAACCCAGACAUACCGAACUGUUCAUCGUCAUCACCAUGUACAACGAGGAGGAUGAGCUGUUUGCCCGUACCAUGAUUGGUGUCAUCAAGAACAUCGAAUACAUGAACUCGCGAAACAGCAGCAAGACUUGGGGAAAAGAGGCCUGGAAGAAGAUUGUCGUUUGCGUUGUCAGCGAUGGUCGUGCGAAGAUCAAUCCUCGUACCAGAGCUGUCCUCGCAGGUCUGGGUGUUUACCAGGAUGGCAUUGCCAAGCAGCAGGUCAACGGCAAAGAUGUCACUGCUCACAUCUACGAGUACACCACUCAAAUGACACUCGAACUCAAGAAAGGUGUGGUCUCAGUUAAGAAAGGAAACACACCCGUUCAGAUGCUCUUCUGUCUGAAGGAGAAGAACCAGAAGAAGAUCAACUCUCAUAGAUGGUUCUUCCAGGCCUUUGGUGAGGUUCUUGAUCCCAACAUCUGUGUUUUGAUCGAUGCCGGUACAAAGCCAGGAAAGGACUCUAUCUACAAGCUGUGGAAAGCCUUUGACCUUGAACCUAUGUGCGCCGGUGCUUGUGGUGAGAUCAAGGCCAUGCUGGACCAUGGUAAAACUCUCAUCAAUCCCCUGGUCGCUGCGCAGAACUUUGAGUACAAGAUGAGCAACAUCCUCGACAAGCCUCUGGAAUCUGCCUUCGGAUUCAUCAGCGUCCUUCCUGGUGCUUUCUCUGCUUACAGAUUCAUGGCUCUUCAGAACGACAAGACCGGCCAAGGUCCCCUCGAAAAGUACUUUGCUGGUGAGAAGAUGCACGGCGCCAAUGCUGGUAUCUUCACUGCGAACAUGUAUCUCGCCGAAGAUCGUAUCCUCUGUUUCGAACUGGUGUCAAAACGCAACUGCUCCUGGAUCUUGCAAUACGUCAAGUCGGCCACUGGCGAGACUGAUGUACCUACUGAGAUGGCCGAUUUUAUCCUGCAAAGAAGACGUUGGCUGAACGGCAGUUUCUUCGCCGCUGUCUACGCUCUUGCUCAUUUCCAUCAGAUCUUCCGUAGCAACCACUCUGUUGGUCGCAACUUCAUGUUCAUGGUCGAGUUCUUCUACCAAGGUAUCAGCAUGCUCUUCGCUUGGUUUGCUAUUGCACAACUCAAAGAGCACGACCACUUCACGUUUAGCAUGCUGUUCACCAACUCGCUGUUCUUGACGCUCAUCGUAUCGAUGGCCAGUACAUACGUCUUGUACUUUGUCGCCUCCUUCAUGUUCUUGGAUCCUUGGCAUAUGUUCACGUCGUUCUUGCAGUACCUCCUCCUCACGCCGACCUACAUCAACAUCCUCAACGUCUACGCCUUCUGCAACACUCACGACAUUACUUGGGGUACCAAAGGAGACGACAAGCCAGAAAAACUGCCCUCUGCCGUCACGAAGCCAGGUGGCAAAGUCGACGUGACCAUUCCAAGCGACGACCAUGAUCUCAACAGCCAGUACGAAGAAGAACUCCGCGUCUUUUCUACCAAGUGGACACCUCCUGUCAAGACUGCUUCUGCAGCUGAGAAGCACGAGGACUAUUACAAGGGAUUCAGAAGUGCCGUCGUUUUGGCUUGGAUGUUCUGCAACCUUGCACUCGCUGCAGUCGUUCUCAACACGGGUGGCCUCAACCGUGUCUCGGUGGGUGUUCAAGACGACAACCAGCGCAGCACCAUCUACAUGAGUGUUGUGCUCUGGAGUGUUGCCGUUCUCAGUGCUUUCAGAUUCAUCGGAGCCUGCUGGUUCUUGGUUGUUAGACUCAUCAGGGGUGUUUAG